GUCAUCCUAGUACAUCAUGUGGCCAAGGCUCCUUUUUAAAGCCCAUCUCUUGGAGCUCAUACUAUCCUCACGGCUUCUAUUUCUGCUUGAUCCUGUGACAGACUGCUACCUGGCCUGACAAAAUGUGCGACCAGUUUGUGGGCACCUGGAAGCUCCUUUCUAGUGAAAACUUUGAGGACUAUAUGAAAGAGCUGGGAGUGGGGUUUGCUACCAGGAAGAUGGCUGGUGUGGCCAAGCCUAAUUUAACUAUCAGCAUCAACGGUGAUGUAAUAACCAUCAGAUCAGAAAGUACCUUCAAAAAUACAGAGAUCUCUUUCAAGCUGGGUGAAGAGUUUGAUGAGACCACAGCAGAUGACAGAAAAACAAAGAAUGUCAUCACCCUAGACAAUGGCACAUUGAAGCAGGUGCAGAAAUGGGAUGGCAAAGAGACUGUUAUCAAGAGAAAACUGGUGGAUGGGAAUCUGCUGGUGGAAUGCACCAUGAAUAAUGUUACCAGCAAAAGAGUUUAUGAAAGAGCAUGAGAAAGCCAUCUUCACAUGGGACUGAUGCUCAAGGCUGAAUAAAAACAACUUCACUGAAGGAGAAAAACUCCACAAAUACAUUUUGAACAGAACUGCAUUUUUUACAAAUGUAUCCCUCAAAAUUACAUGCAGCUAGCCUAAUUUGUUGUGGCUAUUCAAUA